AUUCUGAUUGGUUGACAAUGCGUAAAUUACAAGAUGGCGAUGAUAUCUGUUGUUGAGUAUCCUAUUUUUGAUCGGAGUGCAUUCGUCUCUUGACGGACACUGUACCUCAUUGCACGACUUAUAAUACGGACUUAUUAUAUAUAUACUUAUACACCGUUUACCACCACCCCUCUCGGCAAAAAAAAAAAACUAACUAAACAAGCGAGACAAAAUAAUUAUAUUUAUUUCGUCACCAACUUGAUAUUUGCAUCUUUUUUCGUCUUUUAGAAAGAGAAUAGAUCGAAUGUAAAUGGAUUUAUUUACUAAGAUGGUUUCAGCUUGCGCUGCUGGCAUGGCUGUGUAGAUAAGAAACAAGCUUUGCAACCAUAUCUGUAAAUUGUGCCAUGCUGAACCUUACGGAGUUUUGAUAGACCUCCAUCCAGUUCUAGUUUACCAUGUAUCUGUUGGAAGCCGGUGUGUCAAGUGUGGCUAGAUUAAAACAUUUCCCAGCAAAAAAAUUUCAUACCGAAUCCUAAAGAUGCCCUGGGUGGAUGGAUCCUAUUCGUGGAUGAUCCUUGCUUUGUCCUUGUUCCUAGGUACAUUCGGUACUCUCGGAAUUCUUAGGGGAUUUUACAUAAUAUUCAUUGUAGCAAUAUUUUUGUUUGGCCUCUGGUUCAUCUUCCUUAUUAUUGCUUAUAAUUAUGGAUGUGAAAUGUCCAAGAGUAUUUUGGUACUGAAUCCUUUUAGAUUACAAUACAUGGAACCAGGCCUAACAAAAGUAAAAAACAUAAUGCAAAAUACCGGCAGGUAUCGCAAUUUUGAUCGCAGAAUGACUGGAGCUAGUGUAAUUGAUGAAGCAUUGCAAGAAGUGCUUGAUUAUUUAAUACGAGAUUAUGUAUUGAGUUGGUAUCGCCCUCUUAGCCUUCAUGAUGGGUUCAUUAUUAGCAUUCGGAAAUGUAUGCAGAAGGUCAUCACCACAUUUGCAAACAAAUCAAAAGAAGUUGAAUGGAUGCCAUAUUUCACCCAAAAGUUGGUUGACGAUUUCGCUUCUCAUAUUCGGUUAUAUAGGAGGGCAAAUGAAAAAUUUAAAAGCCUCCUUAAAGAUGAUAAUGUUAAUCCCGAUAUAGAAAGCAUAUUUUUUGACCUAGAAGUGGAGAUGGAAAAAAUGUGUCGAGAUGCAACUAUUACAUCAACUGAGCAUGAGCACCGAUAUUUAAGAAACCUUUCUGAAGUUUUAUUAUAUUUACUUUUACCAAAAGAAGAUUUUCAAAACAAAUCAUUUAGAUAUAUUAUUAGAGAAGUGUUAGUAAAUGAAAUAUUUAUACCAGCUGUAGAUUUAUUAUCUGACCCAGAUUAUAUUAAUCAAAGCCUGUCAUGGCUGUGUAAAGAAGCUACAUUUAAUAAUGACACGUUCAUGACUGUGAUAAAGACGACAGAUUCCAUUGAGGAACUAGAAGCUGUGAAAGAAAUGGUUAACCAUGACAUUGCACGAUGGCGAAGCAAAGAUACAGGAGGCUCAAAUGAUACUGUGAUAAAACAAAAUCUAAAUAGUUUACGAUUUGUUCAGAGCAUGUGUGAUACUAGAAUGAAUUGUCUUUUGGCUGGCCAGACAGACUCUGAUCUUCAGUGUGAGGAACCAGAAUUCUGUAAAGCUCAGAAUUUAUUUGUUUUAACUCUAGAAGAUAUUUUAAACAACAAUAUUGCACUAUCUGUUUUUAUUGAAUAUAUGACAAGUAUUGGAGGAGAGCAGUAUCUAUUUUUUUAUCUAAACGUUGAGGGUUUCCGAGCAGCAGCUGAAGAACAAAUCUCUGCCGCUCAUGAACAGAAAUUAACAGAAGGAGCUAAUGAGCCUGAUUUAGAGUCAUUACGUAGAGCAGCUAUGAUUAUUUAUGAGCAGUAUUUGUCUGAAAAAUCAACAUCCAAAAUUAAAGUUGAUCCUGAGAUAUGCAAACGAACAUUGAUAAAUAUCAAAAGCAAAAUGCUGACUGAAGAUGCUUUUGAUGAAGUCCAAAGCAAGGUGUUCCAAUUACUGCUAAAUGAACCAUUUUAUGAAGGUUUUCUGCAGAGUACUAUGUAUGUAAAACUACUAGCUGAACUAGGUCUAUUGCCAGACAGCAAGAAAGAUGAUGGUAGCACAUUGGAUGUUGAUGAUGUUCCACGGAUAAUUUGGUUCCAACCUGAUGAUUCUCUUGGUGAUUCCAUGUUUGAUGGGUAUAGUGAGGCAAGUGUAUCUAACUCACAAAAUGUUGUUUUAUCUGCACAGGUUAGCCAAACAGGUAUUGUAAAAGAAUCUGAAAAAAGUGGCAAAUCUUAUGCUGUUUAUGCUAUAACAGUUAAAAAAAUUCAGUCAGAUACAGACAUGUGGGAUGUUUAUCGCAGAUACAGUGAUUUCCAUGACUUACAUAUGAUCAUUACGGAGAAGUAUAUACAAAUACCAGGAUUAAUGCUCCCAGGUAAAACUGCUUUUAAGAAUAUCAACAAAGAAUUUCUUGAAAAACGGCGGAGAGGUCUCAAUGCUUAUUUACAGUUCCUCAUGAAUGCAGAGCUGUGGCAAUCAUACCCAGGUUUAGAAGAUCUGGUAAAUCAGUUUUUGGCACCUGGUCUUUGGGAGAAGCACAAAAGUGAGCUGGCUCGUAAGAUGGAAAUUCUUGUGAAUCCUCUUCGUAGUUCUGUGCGGACUGUUGGAACUGCUGUCAAACAUAUGCCAGACGUGGCAGAAGGUGUGGGCAAGUUGUUUAAUGUCAAAGGGCUGACAGCUAACCUACCUCGUAGUGAAGCUUUGGAUAGUGGCAAAGUGGGUGCUGGACUUGACCCAGAUGUGGGAGAAAAUAUACCUCUUCGUAUUCUUUUGUUACUGAUGGAUGAAGUUUUUGAUUUGAGACAAAAGAACCAAUGGCUGCGCCGUCGACUUGUUGCUAUCCUUCGACAGUUAAUUAAGGCCACCUUUGGAGAUAUGAUCAACAGAAAAAUAGUGGAACAUGUUGAUUGGAUGACAUCAGCUGAACAGAUGGCAGAAUAUGUGAAGACUUUCAGAGAUUCUUUUUGGCCAUACGGUUCCCUUGCUGACAGGAAUCCUGCAAGAGAUGAAAAUACCAAGUUGCGAACUAGAGUUGUGUGCAGGGCUAGAAUGCUAGGUAGCAUUCCAGAUGAAAUGCGCCAUUUAAUGGGCAAUGAAACUGUGAAGAUAGGCGUAGUCCGUGUAUUUAAUAUGUUCCAACACAAAAGCCUCAAUAAGCGUUUAGUGUACGUCUUCCUUGAAGGAAUGCUGGAGACAUUAUUUCCUCAAAACAAAUUCAAUGAAAUAUUCCAUAAGCUACAUUCCAAAUCGCAGCGUCAGAAAUCCAGUAGUUGCAACUCUUCAAAAGAUCCUCUUCGUAGACAGAAUUCAGGCCAGUUAGCAGUAAGAUGACAUGGUUGACAAUCAUCAGUAUUUUCACUUUUUUUUUCACCUCGACCUUCCCUCACAGUGACACAAGUAUCCUCAGAAUUUUUCUUGCUGGCAAUGGUUAAGGUAUUUAUUAAGAGGAUUCUCUGUGUCUGUCAGUCGGUGUUGCUCAGUCUUUCCAACGUCUGAUACUGAUUUGAUCUAUCAUAUCAAAAUUCUUUUGAGAUGAGGACAGAAAAAAAUCAUAUUGCCAAUGUAGACUAGUGAGAACUGCUGGACAUUGACUGGAAAUAAAUCCUUCCUAUUUUGGAGAGAAUUUUUAAACCAAAAAUCUUUUAAAUUGAAGAAAAAAGAAACAAGAAACAACACUCCAUAGAAAACGAUUUUUCUUUUCAAUUCUUAAUUUUUUUUACUAAUUACUCGCACACCUUCAAAACAAAAAGUAUUAAAAUCAAUCACAGUCAUUUGAAGGGAAUAAUAAAAAACAAAGAAACAUUUUUCUUUUGAAAACAAAAUUCAAAUGAAGAAGAUAUAUGAUAAUAGCAACUUAAAUCACAGCCCGUGGUUUGUUGCUUUAUCAAUGAAAAAUUAAGUGACUUCUGGAAAUUCUGGCUGAGAAAUGAAAGCAUGUUAUUUGGAACAGAAAUGGCAUUAUUUUAGAUGAAUGCUGAAUAUUUUUUUUUUACCUUUUUUUAUUUUUUUUAUGUGUGAUUGGUGAGAGAAGUAAUGAAUUUUCUAUGACCCUUAUAAUAAUACAAAACCAGCUGUCUUAGAUUUCCUCCCUCCAUAUGCAUACAUAUACACACACAAACACGCAUAUAUAUAUAGGCAUGCCUGUCUCAUACUUGCAGUCACAUGCACACAUUUUAAAAAAGAACAGUAAACACAACACAUCAGUUAGUAAUAAUUGCUUUUAAAAUGAACUCGUCUCUUAUCAUUUUAUGACGGAGCUAGAGUUUAAAAAGAGAGGGCUUUGUUUCUAUAUAAUUGGAUAUAGUUAGGUUCCUUUUAAAUUGUGUUCCCCGUGUCAUGUAUGUACUUACAUGUAUAUGCCUGCAUCUAUGCAUAUAUACACACAUGUAUUUAUAUGUUUGUGUAUAUUUAUUUGUAGGUGUUGAUUACUUUUUAAUAACUUAUAUCUUAAAAGGUUUAUGACUUGAUUCAGUUGGCAUUAUUUUUAAACAUCACACCCUCAUUUAUUUGGUCAUAAUUUCUACAACCUAUGUUCCACCACCUUCUGUUUAUCUUUCAUUUCUCUAACUGUCCUCAUGAAAUUGAAGAAAUUGAUUCUUCUUUGGAUUGUUUACAUUUCUAAAUAAAGAAAUGAGCCUUUUAUUGUAUCUGCCCAGCUAGAGCUUACCUGGGUUUCAACAACUACUACAGUACCAACAUCAUAUGUUCUUUGAUAUCAUCAUAUAUAUAUUUAAGGAAAAAAAAAAAUUUAAUUACCAUUUAUAAAAUACAUUUUUCAAGAAAAUUUAGCUUUAUUUAACAAUUUUUUUUAUACAUUCCAUUCUUUGGUCGAAGGCCCAGGUUCUCGAUUUAGGGCAGGGAGAAUACCCCAGACAUGUGGGGGAGAAGUGAGGGAUAAGUUUAGGUAAUGGGAAAUAAUUUAUGUCAAAAUCAUGUGCACAGGAAUAGCUGUGUGGUUAAGAAGUUUGCUUUCCAAUGCAAUGUGGGU